GUAUUUUUCUUAUUGGAAAAUUUACGCACACCCUUACGGCUUACUAAUUUGAAUAUGAACAUAUGUAAGGACGAUUGUUUUAAUGCUCGACAACGACUAUUAAAUGUUUGGUUAAUUCGAUGCGGUCGAUCUGAUUAAAACCGAGCAAGUCAAAAAAUUGUAAAAGAGAUAAGCUAAAAAAAAAAACGCGCAGUGUAAACAGAGAGUGCUGUUGCAGCGGCAAGAGUAAAGAGUAAAUUUUAAAAAAACUAGCAUAUUGAGAGUGUAUAUAUAUAAGAGAAAAUUAUUUUUGAUUCUAAAUUUGCGCCUGCAACAACAGUUUAUUUAAAGUGAAUGUUUUUAAAUUGGUUGUGGCCGAGCCUCAAAAUGAUUUACAAGCUCUUUUGCUGUUCAUUGAGUUUGUUGUUUUUCUGCUUUAAUAUGUUUUGGUUAUUCUGUAACUUGGCAAUACCAUGGUGCACUAUAACCUUACUCAUUAUUUGUGUGGCAUGCAAAUUCGUCAAGCUACAGCGCAGCCCGAAUGAAGUACACUUGCUUAGUCUGCUGAAUGUACCAAGCGAUUGGCCCAACAAUGAUUGGGCCAUUGCUAAUCGAGGCGCUGGAUACGAUGCGCCAGAGAAUACACGGGCGGCUGUUAAAAAGUGUCUGGCUCGUGGCUACCGCAAUAUGCUCCUCGAUGCUGCCUUAACAUCCUGCAACGAAAUUGUAAUUGUCAACCGACAGAACAUUGAACGUGCUGGACUCUCCGGCAAGAUAUCAAAUCAUACGCUUGGCGAACUCCAACAUUUGGACAUGACAAGCCAACAUCCAAUGGGUUCACAAUAUGAAGCCGAGUCCGUCUCUACGCUAAAGCAGCUUGCCGAUUUUCUUGACUCUCAGAGUACCGCGGCAAUUUUAUUUUUAAGACUGAAUGACAACAGUGCGUGUAUGAUUGACCAAGUGCAGAAGUUUUUUUCCACAAACAAAAUCUUUGCACAGCGCAGCAUUGUCAUAAGCCAGUCACCGUUGGCCAUUUAUCAGCUCCGCAAGCUGACUCCUGAAAUAACUUGUGGACUCUGGCACGAAAGUUAUUUAUUGCAGUCUAUCCUUAAAUCAUCCACACUUGUUACCUCAGUCUAUGGUGCAAUCCUUCGAAAUAUAAUUGCGCCCGUUAUUGGUAUCAGUGUUGUCUUUCUGAGCAAGGAGGAGUUCAAUUUGCACAUUGGAGAACUAUGGAGAAAUGUGGGUGUACGUCCAAUUGUAUACAUGGUCAACUCACCCAACGAGAAACGGUAUUACCAGAGAACUAUGAAGACACAAUACCUCACGGAUUCACUACGCUCUGAGCCGCAUCUGUUGAUGAAAGCCUAGUUGUAUUCACAAAUUUAUACACGCUUUUUGCAUUUAUUUACAUCUUCUUACAUUGACUUACAAACGUAUAUUCAUGUAUGU